CUCAAAAUGCGUGCUACCCGACUACCCCGAGCACGGCACAUACACGGUCGCAGAGCGCGCGGCGCGCCCCGGCCUAGUGUUCGACACCGUCACUCUCAGCGUGUCUUGCUCUCCGCCCUACCGCCCGGACGGCCCGGCGCAGCCCCACUGCGCCAACGGCGAGUGGUACGUCCCUGUGCCCGAGUGCAAACGUUUCUGCAAACUAACUCGGCAUCCAAGCGUCACAUACUCCUGCAAAAUCACAGACUCGAACAUUCUGAGCGGCGACAGAAAGUGCAACGAAUAUGAACCGAGCGGCACCGAAGUCCACCCCCGUUGCAACGACAAUUACUACCACAAUGGCGUCCCCAGCUACAUGCAUUGCAUCGACGGAUUCUGGGACCAUGUCGCCACUUGCGAACCAGAAUGUGGCACCCUCACGCCCAAAGGCGAGCCGUUGGUGAUCAAUGGAGUAAAUGCGGAAAGAGGGGAAUUCCCGUGGCAUGCCGGCAUCUAUGACAAGAGGUUUACCCCCUUCAUGCAGAUCUGUGGGGGGUCACUGGCCACAACUACUGUUGUUAUAUCAGCGGCACAUUGUUUCUGGAACGAUGUGGAACAAUUGUUACCAGCGAAGUACUUUGCAGUUGGAGUGGGCAAGCUGUACCGAUCAUGGAACAUUGAGGAGGGAGGACAAAAAUCAGACGUAGGCGACAUAAAAAUCCCGCCCCGUUUCUCUGGCGGGGCCAGCAACUUCCAAGACGACAUCGCCCUCCUAAUUCUGGUCACGCCAGUCGUGCUGGCCAACUAUAUACGGCCAGUCUGCGUAGACUUCAGCGUGCUGUUCGAUGAGAGGCAGCUUCGGCCGGGGAAUAUGGGCAAGGUGGCAGGCUGGGGAUUAACCUCAGAAGACGGUUACGCGUCACCAGUCCUGAUAGUGGCGGAGUUACCAUACGUAGCUGUAAAACAGUGCAUUGCUGACCUGCCUUUUGCCUUCCGCAGCUUCUUUACUAGCGACAAAAUAUGCGCUGGGACUAAGGCUGUCACAGCACUCUGCAAAGGCGACGGCGGCGGCGGCCUAGUCUUCCCAGAAGUCGAACGCAACGUUCAACGCUGGUACCUCCGAGGAAUAGUGUCCGCUGCCCCUAGCAACGGACAUAAGUGUAACGUGAACUCGUAUACGAGUUUCACGCAUCUGUUAAAGCAUGACGAGUUCGUUAAGACACAUCUUAAUAAUAGGAUGUAAUAAGUACCUAAAUGGAUAACCCUCCGAAUGAUUUAAUGUACUGUAUUUAAUAACGCUGUUGGUCACACAUAUUGUAAACACUAUUACUAUACUUUAAAUUAGCCUGUUUUGUAGUGACUCUUUGGUUAACUAAAUAAAUUGAGAAAAAAUUAUAGUUUAAAAAACACUAGUAAAACACGCUUUUAUAAACGCACGUAAAAGCCAAAAAUAAAUUUUGGAUCGUUCAAGUUGUCUCU